AUGCAUCCCUACGUUGACAAUCACACGAAUGUCAUAAACCCGAAUCUCAUCGGGUUGAUCAUAGUUUUAGGACACCUGCUAUUCUGCAUUCAAGGCAUUGGCCAACUGAUAUGGCUUCUAAGAUAUCGACACCACCACAGAGAUAGAUGUAUAUCAAUAAGAACUAGGGAGCUAUCUGCACGCAACUGGUUCUUCAUCACAUUGUAUGUGGUUCUAUCGUUGUCGCUGACAGUUCUCCAUUUAUUGCUAGGCAAAGGAACUAUUGAAUUAUACCAUGAUAAUCCUUGGGUUACAUGGGCUUUUUCGGUACAAUUGUUAUAUGCAUUAAUCAUACUUUUGCCCUCUUUCAUUAUCGAGUCCUUUACCUUGAAUUAUGCCAUGGCUAAUCAGAUCAUGUACUCAAUAUUUCUAGCAAUCGUAUUUUUGUUUCAAUUAUCGACAAAUACAGAAGAAUACUCAAUGAUAUCACCAUUCUCGAUAAACAAUAAGUUUUUGACUAUACUGUUUGCAUUACACGUCGUCUUGGCAGUAUCAUUGACAACUCUGUACAAACCUGUUAAGAAAUUGACAACACUCUACAAUGACAACGAGUGGUUCAAAGAUUUCAACUUCCUGGUCAACAUUACCUUUGUCUGGCUGAACCCAUUACUCACAGAGACGCACAAACUGAAUUACAUAAAAAACCCUGAGAAAUUACCCUUGCCACCAAUAAACCUUGACAUAAGAUACUUUACAAAGGAGUUAACCGCUAAUUGGGAAACACAGAAAUGGUCCGGUAGAAACUCUCUGAUGGGCGCACUUUGGAAAACAUUUGGCACUACAGUGCUAAUCUCUAUAUCAUAUGAAACCACAAGAGAUUUAUUAACUAUAAUGCAACCACUAUUACUUAGAAGCUUUAUAAAGUCCUUCAAUAAAGGGGACUACCAAGAGUACCCGCCUCUGCACUCGUUCUUAAUCUCAAUGGCAAUAUUUGCAAUUGAUAUCUUGUCUAUCUUCUUGACAAACCAAUUCUAUAUUAUCAUCUUCGAGGCUGGCCUGGGUAUAAGGGGAUCUCUCGCCGCUAUGAUAUACCAGAAGUCCCUUAGGUUAUCCUUAGCCUCCCGUAACGAAAGUCAGAUUGGUGAUAUACUAAAUAUGGCAUCGGUAGAUGUCCUGAGAAUUCAAAAAUUUUUUGAAGAUGCACAGACUAUCAUCGGUUCACCAAUCCAGAUUCUAGUGGUAUUAUUUUCAUUAUACUUCCUUUUAGAUAAGGCAAUUUAUGCAGGAUUAUCAGUAAUGGCUGUAAUGAUCCCUUUAAACACUUUACUAUCCAGAAAAUUGAAAGUUUUGUCAAAAACUCAAAUGAAAUUCAAGGAUUCACGCAUUAAAACGGUUAGUGAAAUCUUGAGUUCUAUCAAAUCAAUCAAACUAUAUGCAUGGGAAGAGCCUAUGCUAAAGAGAUUAUUUCAUAUAAGAAAUGAUUUAGAGCUAAUGAACUUAAAAAAGAUUGGUAUCAUGAGUAACUUUAUUUCCUUUGCAUGGAAUGCAGUGCCAUUGGCCAUCACAUGUGCAACUUUUUUUACAUUUGCCGUUAUAUCAAAGACGCCGCUAUCACCAGAAAUUGUUUUCCCUGCUUUGUCACUAUUUAAUAUUUUGAACAGUGCCAUCUAUUCUAUCCCAUCAAUGAUAAGUAGAAUAAUUGAAACAGGUGUAUCAAUUUCGAGAGUAAAGAAAUUCUUGCUGUUAGAAGAACUUGAUAAUUCUUUUAUUGAAAGGUCAGUAACUCCUGAGGACGAUACAACACCGGUAUUGAAGAUCAAUAACGCAACUUUUCUUUGGAGAUCGAAGGAGAACUUGCACAAGGAUGACAAAAACGGUGAAAAUGAUGUUGAAGCAAGAAUAGAAUCAUCUCAGAUAGCUUUGAAGUCGAUUGAUAACUUUGAAGUUCCCAAAUCGUCACUUAUUUGUGUUGUAGGUAGAGUAGGAGCUGGUAAAUCUACCAUAUUAAAGUGUAUUUUAGGACAACUGCCUUGCAUUUCAGGCAAUAACGACCAUCUUUCUCCACAAUUCCAAAUAAAUGCCACUACAGUAGCUUAUUGCCCUCAAGAGGCAUGGAUAAUGAAUGCAAGUGUUAAAGAUAAUAUCUUGUUUGGCCAUAAAUAUGACGAGGCGUUUUAUAAAGCCACCAUAAAAGCCUGUCAACUAUUACCUGAUAUCAAAGUUCUACCUGAUGGUGAUGAAACUAUGGUUGGUGAGAAGGGUAUAGUACUAUCUGGUGGUCAAAAAACUCGAUUAUCACUUGCAAGAGCUGUAUAUUCCAGGGCUGACUUAUACUUGUUGGAUGAUAUAUUAUCUGCUGUCGACACAGAGGUAUGUAAGACUAUAAUAAAGGAAGUAUUGGAUGAAAAAACUGGGCUGUUAAAAGAUAAGUCCAUCGUGUUAGCAACAAAUACGAUUUCUGUGUUAAAGCACUCUACCAAAAUCUAUUUACUAGAAAAUAAAUCCAUCGCACAGGAAGGAAACUAUGAUGAUAUAAUGAACAACCAGCAAGACAGUAAACUAAAAAACAUUCUGCAUGAGUUUGAUUUAGAGAAACCUGAUACUCCUGCCGUCCAGGAAGGAACAGAUCCCACAAGUGCUAUCAACCUUCUACUAGAAGAUGCUCUCUCUGGUGAUGAUGAUGAAGAAGAGGAUAAUGAGCAAUUGGACAUACAGCAAAUAUCUACUAGAAGGGCGUCAUUGGUUUCUCUGAAGCCCAUUCAGCAUCUGUCUAAUUACGAUCCAAAAAAGAAAACUUCACAACAAGAUGAGAAGUCAGAAAGAGGAAGAGUUAAAAAUAGUGUAUAUGUGUCCUAUAUGAAAGCCUGCGGAUAUUUAGGCAUAUCGUUCUUUUUCUUAUUCCUUACCUUAACUAGAUGCUUUGAUUUAUUGCAAAGCUUUUGGUUGAAACAUUGGUCUGAGUCUAACCAAAAGGCGAAUGGUAAUUAUAACUUAUUGUGGUUUUUAGGUGUUUAUGCGGCAAUUGGAUUAGGAGGAGCAUUUUGUAAUAAUAUGAGAAGUUUAACAAUGUUGCUUUAUGGCUCUUUAAGAGGUUCUAGAAAGUUGCAUAAUAAAAUGGCAAAAACCAUAAUGAGAAGCCCAAUGUCUUUUUUCGAAACUACACCAACAGGGAGAAUUAUAAACAGGUUCUCAUCUGAUAUGGAUUCUGUUGAUACAACAUUACAAAAUGUAUUCUCACUCUUUUUCAGAUCUAUCUUGGAUUAUAUCAUAACUGUUAUCUUAGUGACCUUUAACAUGCCAUUAUUUUUUUUAUUGAACGCUGGUCUCCUGGUCAUUUACUUAUAUUACCAAAGUUUUUACAUUGUGCUUUCUAGAGAAUUAAAAAGGUUAACGAGCAUAUCAUAUUCGCCUAUAAUGUCAUUGAUGGGAGAAAGUUUGUCAGGCCAUUUUACAAUAUCUGCUUAUGAACAAAUAAGGAGAUUUUCGCAUCUGAAUUAUGAAAGAAUUCAAUUCAGUAUCAACUGUUUCUUCAAUUACAGAUCUUCUAAUAGAUGGCUUUCUGUCAGGUUGCAAUCGAUAGGUGCCUUAAUUGUAUUGAGUACUGGACUAUUAGCCCUAAGCAGUUUAGGUACAGAUCACCAACUUUCAUCUGGACUAGUGGGUUUGUUGAUGAGUUAUGCUCUCCAAGUAACGUCGUCACUCAUUUGGAUCAUUAGGUCUUCAGUUUUGAUAGAGACAAAUAUUGUUUCUGUAGAACGUAUCGUCGAAUAUUGUGAUAUCAGUCCAGAAGCACCUGAAGUGAAAGAAGAGCAUCGACUUGAUGAUAAUUGGCCAAACCAAGGUCAAAUAGAAUUUAAGAACUAUUCAACAUCAUAUCGAGAAAAUUUAGAUCCUGUUCUAAAGCAUAUCAAUCUAGUUAUUUCUCCAGGAGAAAAGAUUGGUGUCGUUGGCAGAACAGGUGCAGGAAAAUCAACUUUGUCUAUGGCACUUUUCAGGCUACUAGAACCGACUGCUGGUACGAUAUCAAUCGAUAACAUAGAUAUUACUAGUAUCGGUUUACGUGAUUUGAGAAGCCAUAUUGCAAUCAUUCCUCAAGAUGCACAAGCAUUUGAGGGUACCAUAAGAUCUAAUUUAGAUCCUUUUGAAAAGUUUUCCGAUGACGACUUGUGGCAUGCCAUCGAGCUAUCUCACCUGAAAUUUCACCUAGAAACAAUAGCAAAAGAGAUAAAUGAUGAUUCUGAAUACUCUGAUAGGUCAAGGUUGGAAUCUCCAUUGGAUAUACCUGUAAGAGAGGCUGGAAGUAAUUUAUCUGUUGGCCAAAAACAGUUACUCUGUUUGGCUAGAGCUCUAUUGAAUAAGUCUAAAAUACUGGUAUUGGAUGAAGCAACCGCUUCUGUUGAUGUAGAAACCGAUAAAAUUAUUCAAGAAACGAUAAGAAAAGAAUUUGCAGACAGGACUAUUUUGACAAUUGCUCAUCGGCUUGAUACUGUUUUUGAUAGUGAUAGAAUCAUUGUUCUCGAUGGAGGUGAGGUAAAAGAGUUUGACAAACCAGAGACGCUACUUGAACAAAAGGACUCCAUUUUCUAUAAGUUAUGUGACAAUGGAGGCUAUUUAAAGAACAGAACAUAG